AUGGUCGGAACGUUUGAGGAGAGUUUGCUUCUUGUUCUUAGGCAGACCACUUGCAGGAUCCAAAACAGAUUCUUGCCCGGCUCUCACUUUCUGCGUGUUUCAAGUCUCGUUCGGCGUCGUCUCCAGUCUCCAGUCUCCAGUCUCAGCGUUUCGUUCUCAUACUCGGUCUCGUUUCUCGGUUCUGCCCCUCCCCUUUUCCGUCCCUGUCUCUCGGCCGUUCCGGUUCGCUCUCUCGUCUCUCGUCUUCGGUCUUGGUCCCAUCUUUUCCCUUAUCUUUUCAUAUCAUCUUUGAUCGACCGCUUUCCUAUACCAUAGAAUGGAUUGAGGCUGUGUUCGACCUGUUGAGUUGAUUGGCAUAUCAGAGUCCGCUGCUUGAAGGCCUGCCAGGGGGAGGAGGGCAGCUUUGGAUUCGGAUCCGGGAAGAAAAGGUUCCGAAAGCCUUGCCAGACCGCGGAUUGUCUCCAGUAGAAUGCGAUAAUCUAGCCGCUGGAAUGAUAUUGUUGCACAUCGAUGCACCGUCGUACUCGAGCAGCUGAUGGUGAGUCGUAUAUUCUUCGAAGGUGCGCGGGUCAAGCCGCGGGCCCCGGGUGGAUGAUGGGCAGGCACACUCGGCAGCCGGUGACAUCACACUCGCUCCGCUGGGCACUCGACCAGGCAUGCGCUUUGGCCCUUACGAAUGCUAGUUCCUCUCCUCAAAAAAAUCCAAGGCCUCUGUCAGUCUGUGUCGUACCGCACAUCAACUCGACAGAGCUCACAGCACCUCCCGAUCCAUCUUCCGAACUCAUGUCUCCUGCAUCCGCCAAGAAAUGGGACCAGUCAUGGAUGCCAUCCGUCCACGCCUCUAAGACGGAGCCAGCAACCGAGAGAAUAUUUGACGCCGAAGAGCUCUACAACAAGAAGGUUUACAUCAGAACCCCCUCUAUCGAUUUCAACGAGGCCCGACUCGUCGCUGAAGGUGACCAGAGUGGGGGAUGGAAACUUCACUGCAGCUCGAGCUGGCGCUCCGUUCCCUCCGCGCCGAUAGCCGUGCUCAUGAUAGCAGAAGAACUGGAAAAGCACCUCAACCGUGACGACUUCAAGCCUGCGGAAACUCACGACGUUGAUCAACGUCGUGAGUGCAACCUCUUCGUCUACUCGGACGGCAACAGAAACAUCCGGCCCGCGGUCAAGUACGUCAAGGAAUUGCCGCCGAGUCCGACCCACCUCGAGCUCAAAGAUCUGGAGGGACUCUUUCCGGCCAAGACUGGGACGAUCGAGUCGUGGGUGACGGUGAGGUCCACCGAGUCACCCUCGAAUCAUCACUCCAUCGUUGCGACUAGGAGUGCAAAGGGCUCCGCGGACAAGGCGCCUUCGAGGCUUCGAUCGGUAGACUGGACCUGGAGGUGAGCGAUGGCCAGGUGGCGAGGCAGGCCCAAGAGGUGAACGAGGGCUCAAGGGGCAACUUACGAAUGGCCAACAAGAAGCCCUUCGCGGUUCGUCUCACCUCGGCGCUCACGUCGAACAUUGUUCAAGGUGAAGUUGUGUCUACAGAGUUUAAGAUGUUCUAUCGAUCCAUCGCCUGGCCCGACCUUACCUUUGGCGGAACAUUCACCACUCGUCGCCUCUCCCACCGUCCGCCUCCGCCUCUUUGACACGGCUCCGACGCUGGCCGCGUCCUCGGAACGAAGGGCCGACAAGAGCGCAGCCUCCACCUCGAGGGUCGCUUCCCAGCCCUCGCCACAAACACCGUUGAAUAGUAGCUCGCAGUGGGCACCGUCUCGACUCGGCCCCGUGUCUUCGAUCAAUCGCAGCACAACUAACCCCUUGCGACCGGGUCUAGGGAGCGACGAGGCACGUGGGAAAGUGGCAAAAGCAACGGUAGUAGGAGCAAGAAGAAGAGCCAGCAGGGUUGAGAGGGCUCUGAUUCGAUAG